AUGAAUCAGACUUCAUCUACCGAGCGUUGUCACCACGACUACGAAUCCUACGCUGCGCAUGGAUCUCCUCCAGCAUAUGACUUUCCGUCUGAGUACAUCAACCCUCCCGCAUAUUGCUACGGAUCUUUAUUCGGAAUAUCAGAUGAUAUUGACGCAUGGAUUGCUGGAAGAACUCCCUACUGCUACCUCAGCUCUUGCGAGCAGGUCUAUCAUUUCACGAACACGGCAAGACGACAUCGACGAAAGCUCACGCAAGUACCAUCGGUAAUAGAGGCAGUCAGGAAUGCAUCCAGCGCCCAUCGACGACUACGGACGGUAUGGCUAAAGUCACUUCCCGCUGCCAUCAUCCAUGAUUUUGUAGCGCCACCGUACCAUCUCACUCAAAUGGCGAUCUCCCUGUCCCGGAGCAAAUUUGAACGGAUGAGGGCGGACGCCGGAAUUUUGGACGAGGUUCUGGAAAGUCUUUGGCUCAGUCUGGUAACAGCUGUCAAGAUGGUUACGAGACUCGGUCUUGAAACACAUGAAGCUGUGGAGCGAAAAUUCAAGAAUGGCGAAGGCCAUAUUUUCUUGGUCAUAGCGAGGUUCCUGGAAGCUUACGGGUCACGCUUUGCGCCUUCCGGUACGGUUUUCCUCGCCUCGCACAAAAGGUUGCCAAAGGAGCAUUGCUUCGGUACUGCACGGCUUCAUUUUGGGCAAAUUCAUGACUUGAAGGGCGUUCUAAUGUUUGUUGGUUUGUUUCCGGCCCAAGAUCUGGAUGCUUUCGCAGUGCUCGAACGCUGCCUGCGCAAAGUCUACCCAGCCCUUCAAGAACCAUUUGCAGAUUCGGAUGACGAACCUGGCUUUUCUCAUAUCGUACAGAGAUUACGCCAUGUUCAGGAUGAGAUGCCAGGAUUGGUAUCUUUCGACACCAGAAAAUAAGCAUUUGUGACGCGCUAGAGAGUUUUAUGGCUUGAUAAACCCCGGUCCUGUGUUUGUUGUUCAUUUUUGGGCGGGUUUUAGGGCUUGCCGGGGCGGUUGGGCAGAUGGAGACCAUUUUUGUGAAUAUUUCACGGAAUGGAAGACAGUCAUCGUAAGAGA